CCAUAUAGGUGGACUUACGGCAAAGUAAGGCCAAAAAAAGCUCUUUAGCAAAAGCAAAUUGGUAUUUUCCAUUAAUGACUAACUCUUCGCUUCAGAUUUGCAUAUGGAGAGGAGCUAUGCCAUGAGCUGAUUGAUAUACUCCAAAAGAAAUAAAAAAACAACACAAAAGAAAACCCUUCUUUUUCUAGCUACAGCUUAAGGAGCAAUGGAUGUGAGAAUAGAGAGUAUUCAAACAGUUAAGCCAAUUUAUGAUGGCAUUUGUCCUCCAAUCUUACACUUCAUUCCUCUAAGUGUAUUUGAUAAGUUUACCUACAACACCCACGCAGCUUUUUGUUUUGCCUAUCGUCCACCAACACCACCUAAUGAAAUCAUUGUUUAUGGUCUCAAAAGGGCAUUGUCAGAAUACAGGGAGUUUGCAGGAAGACUAUGGGAAGAUGAGGAAGGUGAUCCUGUCAUUCUUUUAAAUGAUAAAGGGAUGAAGCUAGUCGAAGCAUCGGUGGAUAGCAGGCUUGAUCAGGUCAUGCCCAUGGAGCCAUCCCCUGUUUCAUUUGGCCUUUAUCCUAGCUUGAACGAUGUGGAGGAGCUACUGCAAGUUCAGCUCACAAGGUUCACUUGUGGGUCAUUGGUUGUUGCCAUUAGAAGCCAUCAUUUCGUGGCUGAUGGGCAAGCCACCAUCGAUUUUCUCUUGAAUUGGGGGAGAGCUACUCGAGGACUUGACAUGAGCCCACUUCCUUUACACGAUCGAUCCAUUUUUGUACCUCGAGAUCCUCCUCAAUUCGAGUUCCAACAUAGAGGAGUUGGGUUCAUAAAAGAAUUGGUCAAAGAUUGUCCUAAUCACAAAGAUAACAGAUCUGUUGAUGACAUCAUUGUACACAGAGUUAAUUUUACACUGGACUUCCUUUCCAAGAUUAAAGCCAUGGCUUCUGCAUCGUCAAAUGGAAAUAGCUAUAACAACAAGCCUUAUAGCACUUACGUGAGCUUGACUGCUCAUCUAUGGCGAGCUAUGACAAAGGCUCGUGGACUCGGCGGAUUAGAAACGACCCAUGUCAUAGUCUCGGUUAAUGGUCGUAAGAGAAUGGUUCCUAGAGUACCCAAUGAGUACUUUGGGAACGUGGUGCUAUGGGCAUUUCCAAGUGGCAGGAUUAAUGAUAUAUUGCAAAAGCCAUUGCCUUAUGCAGGCAAAGAAGGAAGUCAUGAGUCCCAUUAUGAAGUUGAGCAACAAGUCUGCUCUGUGCCCUAAUUUUGAAGUGGAUAGCUGGCUGCAAUUCCCAUAUCAUGAGAUUGAUUUUGGAGGAGGAAGUCCAUUUCUAUUCUUGCCAUCUUAUUUUCCAAUGGAAGGGAUGAUCUAUCUCCUGCAAUCACUUAAAAGGGAUGGAAGCGUGGACGCCUUAGUAUUUCUUUACCGCAAGAAUUUGGCUACGUUCAAACAAAUUGUCUAUUCACUGGACCAUGUCCGGAGCUGCAUGUAAUUCCUGAACCAAAUUUGUUUCUUUUUCUGAAAGUUCUUGUGUAGUUAAAUACAUCUACUAGGUAAGCUGCUCCUGAAGGCAUUUCUUGUUUGAUAGUUAAUGGUGUUAGAGGUGGUUGUUGUCUUAGAUUGUGAAAAUUGUCAAGUAGUCUAAAGAAUAAACCAAUAAAGUUUUUACCAUUUCAUUAAAUAAAUUCAUGUCAUUAUAUUAUUUAAUAAUAUAAUUAUAUUAGUUUAAGAACAA